AGUGAAAACUUCUUCUACCCUGCUGCACAAAGACCAGUCGCAGUCUCCUCCACGCUGUGAGUGCGCAGCGCCUGCACAGAUCGCUCCAAUUUGGACCUUAAGCCUUACAUUGCAUGAACCUGCAUACCUUUACUGCUGUUUUCUCGGCCGUGAACGACCCUCGGUGUUCCGCUGUGGCUGUUUUCCAGCAGAUACUCCGACCCCGAAAACCAUCGGGACCAGUGAAGAGAGAAGCUGCGGGAGUGGUCUGGAAACUUUUGCCAUCAUGAGCACGCGAACGGUCAACCUUGAUACCUACAGCCUGUCGCUGCUUACUGCCAAAGAGGACAUCCUCAACCCCCGUUCCUCCACAAACUGGGCAAUAUUCGCAUAUGAUGGAAUUACCAACAAGCUCAAACUGGCUGACUCAGGAGCGGGUGGUGUGGCAGAGCUGGCAGGGAAGUUUCACAUCUCCAAGCCUCAAUAUGGACUGUGCAAAGUGGGAAGUAUGGAGACAGGAGCCCCCCGGAUUGCUAUGAUCAGCUGGGUCGGCCAACAUGUGGAGGACUACCGAAAGACAGAAUGUGCCAGCCACAUUCCAGCCAUCAAAAACUUCUUCAAGGAAGCACAUGUGUUCAUUAGUGCAGAGAAGGUUGAGGAUGUGACAGAGGAGAACAUAAGAACAGAGCUCAGCAAGGCCCAGGCACAUACUCCUACACAGUGGGUGAGAAGGAGCUCCAGGUCUGCGGACAAGGAGGAAUUAGUGGGCACAAACUACAGAAAAACUAAUGCCGCAAUGGAGAUGAGACUAAUAAACAGAGACUCCUUCUGGGCACGUGCAGAGCGUGAAGAGGAAGAGAGGAAAGAAGAGGAGCGGAGAAGAACAGCAGAGGAGAGACGCCGCCUUGAAAAAGAAAGAGUUUUAAAAGAACGGAGGGAUGCAGAAGAGAGAGAUAGAAAGAUGAACGAAAAGCUACAGAUGAUUGAGGAGCAGAGAAGAAAACAGGCAGCGCAAGAAGAAGAACUUCGCAGAAAAGAGAAAUCAAGAUGGGAGCAGCAGCAGAGGGAGCAUGAGGAACACAUGAGGGCUCGUCUUAGAAGGAGUGAAUCCAUAGAGAAAGCAGCAGAGGCAGCAGUAUUAGUGUCCCAACGCUCGAUGAACCCUAGGGAAUUCUUCAGGCAGCUUUCAUCAUCAUCAUCACAAAGUCCCACCAGCCCUGGAUCCUCCCGCUCUGGCAAACCGUUCAGACGAUACCAGCGCAGCCUGACAGACACAGCCUUCAUCUUCUCUAAAGCAGAAGAGAGCACGGCAUCCUCCCCUCGCAGUUCUCCCUUGGUCUCCCCCUUCUCCCGAGCUCCUCCCUCCCCUAUCUACCGUGCCAUGUCUCCCCCCAUGAGCCCUGACUUCCGGCCUGUCACCUCUCCACAAAGGCCCAGAGCCCCCAUGUCACCGCCCACAUCACCUUUUCGCCCUACCCCUCCAGUCUCAGCCCUGCCAAGCGUUCCACAAACUAACAACCAAGUUCAGGCUGUUGUUGAGCCCAAGCCCCAAUCACCCACAGAACCUUCUGCACCUCCAGCCUCCCCUAGUCUCUUGGCUUCCUUGUCUACCAGUAUGGUAAAAAGAAACCCUUCUCAGUCACAUCAAGAGGCCCUACCUGCCUCUCCCCCAAGUACCCCAACCCAGCCAGAGCACUCAGCUUUCUGCUUCGAGCCAGUUUCAGCUCCCCAGGCACCAACAGCUCCUCUUCCAGAGAGACCACAGCCAAACACAGACCUCAACAUAGCCACUCAUGUGCAGACUGAGCUGGUCUCAGACAUUGGCUACAAAGUACAGGCUGUACUGGUGGAGGAGGAUGAGGAAGAGGAUGUUGAGGAGCACGAGGAAGAUGUGGCUGAAAGACAACCACAGCUGUGUGCUGUCAACACAGAACCAGUCCAGAUUGAAGCAGAGGAGCAGAAGCAAGAGGAGGAAGAGGAAAAGGAGGAGGAGCAGGAGGAGCAGGAGAAGUACAAGGAGGAACAAGAGGAGGAGGAAAAGGAGGAAGAGCAGGAGGAGCAGGGGGAGCAGAAGGAGCAGGAGAAGGACAAGGAGGAGCAAGAGGAGGAGGAAAAUAAUGAGGAGCAGGAGAAGGACAAGGAGGAAGAGAAGGAGGGAUUAAAACAAGAUGCUGAGCCUGCAUCAAUGGAGCAGCCCGUGGAAGUGGUAUGGGAGGAAGAGGAGGCAAAGGAAGAUGGAGAAGAAAAUGACCAAUCAGAAGACAGUCAGGCCACUGCUGAGUCUGCUGAGGUACUGGAAAAAGAGGAAGAGUCAACAGUCACAGUCAUUAUUUCAGAUGCCGGACCAAUUUGUCAAGAAAUCAAACAUGAGACUGUCAUCCUGUCAACAAAUGGCAUCACAAAUGGAGAGGACACACAGGAACAGAAUGGCAUAGAGCGAUCUUUGAGUCCAUCUGACACAGAACUCAGCUCACCGGAACUGGCUGUAUGCUACGAUCUUCAUGGCACGGCAGCGGAGGAUGACGUCAUUGAGGAUAAGGAACAGGAGAUCUCAGAAAAUGGACAAGAGGUUUUAGCCGAGCGACAAAUGUGUGUCCGAGCUCUGUAUGACUACCAAGCAGAGGACGAAUCUGAGAUCUCCUUUGAACCCGGUGACAUCAUCAGGGACGUGGAAACGGUGGACAAAGCCUGGUGGAGGGGGUGGAGCAAAGAUGGCCGUCAAGGCCUGUUCCCUGCCAAUUAUGUGGAGACCAUAUAGGCAGACAGACACACACACACACACACACACACACACACACACACACACACACACACACACACACACACACACACACUCUCACACACCUAUACAUACACACACACACACACACACACACACACACACACACACACACACACACACACACACACCCCUCAGGGACACCAUCUCCCCUCAUGUUUGUUCAUGUUUUUACCUUAAUCCUCCCACUGAAGCUUUGUACUCUCUAUUUUGUAGGAAGGAUAAAGAACAAUGUGACUCCCUGUUUUGUAGAAAGCAUAAAGAAAAGUGUGACUCUCUAUUUUGAUGUUUUUUGAGAAAAACUAAAUAUUCUCACAAGUAUGUGGAAAUUACCCAGCCUCAUUUUCUCGGAUAAAAUAGCGGAGACCUUUUCCUGGACCAAAAUAACUUAUUUCCUUUUGAGAUAUAGCAGGAAUGUUGGUAGGAGGGAUCAGAUCACUGUGACAAAUGAUCACAAACUUGCUUUUCUUGUAUGAAACACAAACAGAUUUUUAUAGUGUAUAGUCGCCUGUUUGAUCCCCACAUAUAACAAGCAUUCCAUUCUGCUCACCGUUUGCUUUGUGUGUUACUUUGCUAUAAAAAAAUAAUUUUCUGCUCUUGACUGGUAUAUAUAAUCAAGAUACAUGUAUCAGACAUCAUCUUAUAAUCAUCUUCAUGUAUUUUCUGAGUUAUUUUGUAGCACUGUAUUUGUUUCUGACAGUCUCACAGCACAUUUUAAUUACCCAAACCAGAACAGCAGCAUAACAAAAGGUAAACAAGCAGAGGAAAAAAGGCACUGUAUCGACACCUGUACUUCUCUUUCACUCUUUAAAAUGGGCUAUCUUUUGUUCAUAUGGUAUGUUUUUCCAUACAUUUUUAUGUCUCAUUUUAAUUGUUCCUAGAUUUUAAGAAAUUAAAGCAUUAUGUCGACACAUGGAUGAUAUGGAAAAAAAGAAGCUUCCAAUUAUAAACUUCUGUAAUAUCUUAAUACUCUACAGUGUAUAUAAGAAUGUAUAAAAAAAAAGUCAAAGAUCUUCUCUUUUUCAAUACUUGGCUUGUAUGUUUGUAUGCUUGUUUGAUUGUAUGUAUGUUCUUUAUAUUUACUCCAAACUUACAAAUAUAGCAUCUACAAACUCAA